AUGAUAUCUAGGAUCGGAUUGCGCUCCACAAGAGGAGCCAGCGGUUUGGUACGCUCAACCCCAUGCGCUGCUGCUCGCCAUGUGCAAAUGACCUCACUUAGGAGCUACUCAGAUAAGACCAUUUUCGACUUGCCAACAGGCAAAACUAUAGUGUUGGCAGACCCAGAACGCCCAGAGUUUGGAGACUACAAGAACCCAAAGCCGGUGUUGGCCCAGGAUAAGGAUCCGUACCAGAAAUACGAUGACCAGCAGAAUAGAAGGAACCUCAAUGACCCCGUCCACAUUGACGAAGAUAUGUUGGACGUCUGGUCUCCCGACUACUACGACUUUGUCUCAAACAAGGAGGCAUUAAAGCAAAAUGGCAUAUUCUUUGGCUUAAUCGCAGGAGUUGCCGCCAUCGUUGCUUACCUUCAGUUGAACCCUGAAAAGCCAGCAAUGAUUCGCUCAUACCCUUUCAAUGGUUUGGCCAAUGAGUUGGGUGCUACUUCCGAGGACAAUGCUGCCUUUUAUCAAGCUAAGCCUGAUUUGUCCGCUGAAAAGGAAUGCGGCGUCUUGCCCGCUGAUGGCGAGAUAGAGAGCAACAAGAAGGAGUACCUUGCGGAGAAUAAAGGUUUUGGAAAAGUAUAG